AUGAAUAGGCUACCCACAGAUGUUUUGCGGGAGGUCUUAGACCAACUCGACCCCGAGUACACCGACGUCACCUCCCGGAUGAAAUUCUGGACACCCCGGAAGCAUGAUGUCGGAAGCCAAACUGUUAUAGCGGACCUUCGGCAGUUUCGGCUUGUUUGUAAACGCUUCGCAGACCUGGGGGCACAGUAUCUAUUCCGCACGAUAGCGCACCGAUAUAACAGCAAGAGCUUCAAACGUCUGAGCGAUCUUGCAGACCAUCCAGUUUUUGCGGCCCAUGUUAAGAAAUUUAUAUACCUCAUGCCAUACUUCUAUGUUCAAGGUGCAAAGGAUUUCACUGAGUUCAAACGUGACUUCGACGACUUCGGUAUGCAAGUUGGGUCGUAUUCGGCUAUAUUCCAAGAACCACUACACUGCCUUGAGGUUUUCGAAGAGCAGCGACACCUGAUGAACACUGGAGACGACCUGAGAGUUUUAAAGAAGGCUAUGAAAUCGUUCCGAUCUUUGCAGCAAGUUCAAAUCUUAUCUGUGCUGGGGGAGAAGGACAGCAAGCUUCUGGAUUUAGCAGAAAAUUACGAUGAAUGGGAUUACGUUGAUUGCAAAUGGAUACCUGCUUGCCAGCAUGCUGUUGACACGAUGUUACAGGCUUUGGACUACGGUCGACCGCCGGUGUAUUCCUUUGUAUCGCCCAGGAUGAAUCCUCAGAGCCUACUAUCUUUGAGCCCCGAAGUUCAAGAGCUCGGCCUGUCAACCUGGAGUCAGCUUACUUAUCUCAAACUCAACUUUAACCACAUGUCCGAUAGAGACUGGUACCAUACUCAAUUGGAAAACAAGAUCCAUAUGCUCUCCCAAUUCUUUAAAAAUCUUUUUCUCGCUGCGCAGAAUCUAACAGAACUGCAUAUCGGGUUCUUCCCAGCUUCACCCUUACGGUUACAACUGGAGGAGGUUUUCCACGGUGCUGUCUGGCCAAAACUACGAAUAUUCGGGAUUGAGAGCUGGAGGUUGACAUCGGAAGAGAUUAUCCAUAAAGUCAACGCACAUGCGCAUACACUCCGCGGGAUCCGAUUGGCUAGCAUAUAUCUCAAGGAAGGAUCGUAUUGGAAGGAUAUAGUCAUCGCCUUGAAGGCCCUUGAUCUUGAAUGGCUGUCGCUUGAUAAUGUCGGUUACGAGAAGGAAUUCAACUCGCGGACACCGUCGAUACAGCAAUUCAAUUUCCCGGACGGGCACGACGAUGCGGAUGACGAGGAGAGCCAUAUGACUGGCAUGACGGGCAGAUCAGGGGCAUCUAGUAGCUUCGACCUAGGAUUCAACAUUUCAUUAGACGGUCAAAGCAACGCUGGCAGCAGAAUGGGCGAUCACCAUAGUUCUGCUGGAGACAGCUCGGCACAUUCAAGGAGCACGCAUUCUCGUUCUUCGACUAAUAGGGGUGGCAGGGGUCAUGAAACCAAUAGUCCUACCACAAGUCACUCGCUGAACAGCAUGGAUUUGGCAGGGCCCUCCAGUGCAAACGGAUCAAGUAGUCAGAAUGGAGACGUGCAUUUAAUACCUGUUGGGGUGGUAGAACGACCUGGAUUGAAUGGCAUGGGGGUGAAGAUUCCUAAAGAUCCAUUCGAGGAUCUCGAGUGGAAUUUAGAUAUUGAUUUGGAAGAUAAUGGAGUUACCGUCAGGGAGCUGCAGAUGGUCCAUUGGGAGAGGUGGGUUGUUGGAAGAGACGUGUAUACUGGGAAGAAGUAUUUCCGGGAUCUGUGA